AUGGCGGAAUGGGCGGCGCAGGCCGCGGCGCACGGCGGCUGGGACGCGGCGGGCGUGCGACGUAGGGAUGCAUGGCUCGCGCUGCUGGGCGCUGCGUGCGACACGCCCGAGACGUGCCCCCAGGCGAUGCUGCCGAGCCGAGCUGCGCUCGCAGCGCACCGAGACGAGGGGCAGGUCGCGCUGGACGUCAAGCGCAGCUUUUCCAUGUACGACGUGCACGACCGCGAGCGGCGGCGUGUACAGCUACAUGCGGUCGUCUGCGGGACGCUGCGCAGGUACCCCGCACUGCACUACUACCAAGGCUUUCACGACCUCGCCUCGGUCGUCCUCCUGACGCUCUCUGGGGACGAGGGCGAGGGCGUGUGGCCCGACGACCGCACCGCGACGACCGCGCAGCUCGCUGUCGACUGCAUUGCACUGCACGUCGUGCGCGACGCGAUGGCCGCCAACCUCGAGCCGGUGCUCGGCCAGCUAAAGAUUGUGCGGAAAGUCUUGCGUGCGGCCGACCUGCCCUAUGCGCUUGCGCUUGAGCGCGCGUUUAUGCCGUCGCAGAUGGUCGUCGCCCUCUCGUGGGUCCUCACACUGCUCACGCACGAAAUCGCCGACGUGCACAGCGCACAGUGCAUCCUCGACUACGUCUUUACGCACGGCCCCGGGAGCAUUCUGUACAUAAGCGCCGUGCUCCUCCUCCAGCACAAAGAGGCCGUGGCCGACGCGGCGCACGGCGAGAUCGAGGCGAUGGACAUGGCGCAGCUGCACCACACCCUUGCCAAGGUCCCCCCACUGGACACGGACGCGUCGCGGCACGAGGUGCUCGCGGCCGCCGAUGCGCUGCAGCGCGCCUACCCCCUCGCGUGCCCCGCCGUGCACGCGCCGAGGAUCCUUGCGAGCUGCAGUGUGCUCUUUACCGAGACACCCCACAUGUCUACGGAUGCGCGCGCGCUCGAGAUCGCGGCGCUGCCCGCCAGUGCGCUGGUGUUGGACAUUGAAAUGACGCCCCAAGUGCCCGACGUGUGGGCCGAAAAGCAGAGCGCGCGCGUCGCGCGCGUCCCCCGCGCGCUCGUGCUGCGCCGCCUCCUCCCCCACCUCGCGCGGCGGCAUCCGCACCCCCUCUUUUUCCUCUCCUCGCUCUCGCUGCUGCUCGGCGGCAGUCUCCUGUCGGUGCUCCUCGCGCUGCGCCUCCCCCCGUAG